AUGCUACCGGGCCUAACCGAUGAACAAAGUUUCAGAAGGCUAAAGGAGAUGGAAGAAGACGUUAUCAGACUCACAAACGCCGAGGAUCCUAACGAAGCCAUGGACCGACACGCAAUAGUGGAACCGCGUGCUCGGUUACAAAAACUAACCGCACAUAUACAAAAGCUUACAGAAAGGUAUGUUGCGGGAACACCGAAGGCUAAAUUACAACUCCUGGUGUUGGAAAUGCUUGAAGUCAGGAAAGGAGAAUUCAUUGACGAGAUAGAGCAGAUUGAAGCGGUGCGUAGACAGCGAGGUACAGCGCACUCUCCGCGUCUUGAAACCGAUGACGGUCAGAAUCGAGGUGAUACGCCUCCUCUGGCGGAUCCGAUCAUCAACGAAACCGACGAAAGGACAGAAACUCCUUUCACCGGGCCACUUGAAACCAAUCAACCUGGGGAUUCAGAACCGGUUGUCACCGAAGAAAGAGUCAAGACUCUCAUUGAAGAGUUUUCCAACAGAAAGGCAGAGGCCCGGAUCACAGAAAUCGAAGCCGACUACCGGGACGAUACCAUUCUGCAUAACGAACAUCUUAAGCCAACCGAAGACUUGGAAGAUAAGAUCUCCAAGAUGGUGGAUGACAUGGAUCGGUUUCAAGAGAAAACCAAACAACAGCUCACAAAGGUCGAUGAGGACCUAGGGCGGUCAAGCGCCGAUGUCAGUUCGACACUUGACAGGUUCAUAGAUCUUGAAAAGAAGAAUGCGAGUCUUGAGGAGCGCAACGACAAGCUUGAAGCCGACCUUAAGGCGGUCACCGAACAGGUGACUGAGUUGAUAAAUGCAAAGAUUAAUGCUGAUAACGCGGUUGAAGAGGCAAAUGCUCGAGCGGCUAAGGAUAUUCAGGAUGCGCUGGACGAAGAAUCGCGGAAAGCAAAGGAGGCACCGCGAUUGUCUGAAGAGGAAAUAGCCGUGCGCGAACAAAACAUAGCGGCUAAAAAUCCGGCAAUUGCGAAGUCCAUGGCAGCUCAAGCAGCCAAAGAUGCAGAGCGGUUAAACACAGAAAAACAAAGGCUCGAAGGAUUUGCCGAGGCUCACAAGAAGACCAAGGCGACCUCUUCCUCUUCGGUUCCGGCAACAUGGAAAAGGAAAACACCAUCAAGAAAGGUUCAGGUAACCGGGAUGCUGGAAAGGAUCACCGAGACAAAUAUAGAAACUCCACCGCACCCGGCUUCCCAAACCGAGGACGAAAACGAAGAAAAUCUUGAGCCGCGAUCUACAAGACAGCGAGUCUCCAAUGCGGUUCCAAUCGGCACGGUCGGUCAACCGCAAGAUGGAGGUUCAUCUUCAAGAACGGCUCCAUCGGAUGAGGAACAACCAACCGAUGACAUGAUGGAAGGGUUCCUGCCAUCCGAAUCAGAAUAG